AAACACACAAUAAAAGAAAUUCAUGAUACAAGCCCUAAAAAGUAGAGUAUUUAAUAUUUAUAUUAGUAAUUUGGAAGUUGACGUUAUUACAUGUUAUUUCCGAGCAGAGUAUAAUAUUCAAAUUAAUUGUCUUAAUGAUUAAAUAUGAGGCAUGCCUUUUUUCUGGACUGUAAAUCAAAGGAACUUCUAGCCUUUGUUGAUUUGUUUCAUGGAAAAAGAUGAUAGGACUUGAAAAAUGGCAAGAUGUACAAUUAUGUGUCCGUGUUGUCUGCGAUUCAAGUUUAGCGCUGAAGAAGUGGAGCAACGUUAUAGAAGUAAAGAGAUUGAUAAACUUAUAGACAAAGAUAAACACCUGUUGCGUCGACAAGUAAAGUUACUAUUGUUGGGAGCCGGCGAGAGCGGUAAAUCAACAUUUCUUAAGCAAAUGCGCAUUAUUCACGGAAUACAUUUUGAACCUGAACUUGUCAUUGAAUACCAGCACAUAAUCUAUCAAAAUAUAUUAAGAGGUAUGAAAGUAUUAGCAGAUGCUAGGCAAAAGUUAGGUAUACCAUGGGAAAACCCUGAUAAUAAUAAAAAUGGUGAAUUUAUUUUGAGUUUCGACAAUCGUACUACUUUGGACACACGAUUAUUCCAGUCAUAUGCGCCAUCAAUGUACUGCUUGUGGAAGGAUGCUGCUAUUAAAAGAGCAUUUGAACGAAGGAGAGAAUUUCAACUUAGUGACUCAGUGCAAUAUUUUCUUGAUAAUAUUGAAAAUAUUGCUAGAAGUGACUAUUUACCAACAAAUAAAGAUAUUUUACAUGCUAGACGAGCUACAAAAGGCAUUUAUGAAUUUACAAUUCCAAUAAACAAUAUUCCUUUUCGAUUUGUUGAUGUUGGUGGACAAAGAUCCCAACGGCAGAAAUGGUUCCAAUGCUUUGAUUCCGUCACAUCGAUAUUAUUUUUAGUAUCCUCUUCUGAAUUUGAUCAAGUUCUUGUAGAAGACAGAAAAACAAAUAGAUUAGAAGAAUCAAAAGACAUAUUCGAUUCUAUAGUAAAUAAUGUAAUAUUCCGACGAGUUUCCAUAAUUCUUUUUAUGAACAAAACUGACUUACUGGCUGAUAAAUUAGAAAGAAGAGAAACAAAUAUUAAGCAUUAUUUUCCACAUUUUGCAGGAGAUCCUCAUAGUUUGCCUGAUGUACAAACAUUUUUAUUGGAUUUCUUUCGACAAGCAAAACGUGAUCCCAGAAAAUCACUGUUUCAUCAUUUCACAACUGCUGUGGACACAGAAAACAUUAAAGUUGUAUUUAAUGCUGUUAAAGAUACAAUUUUACAUAGAAAUUUGGAAUCUUUAAUGCUUCAGUAACUUUUUGAAUUUACACAGGUAUUUGUUAAAUGUUUAUUUAGUUAUGUUCAUUGUUCACAAAACUAUGAAUUUUUUUUUUGUAAUGUUAUUUUUCAAUAUUCAUCAUAAAUCUUUCAUUGUAUCUCAA